AUGGUGGCUUCGUGGGCUGAACAGACAAUUGCCCAAUUUUUCGAGCACCGUGAAUACCCAACUCAAUCACAAUGCGAUGAUAGCGCCCGUAUAAUCUCCGGUAUGCCUGAGGUUCGGGCAGUUGAUACCCCGGGCUCGCUGAGCUAUACGGUCCGUUGUAUAGGUCAGUCGAACAACAACGACACACAGGAUCUAAUUGUGUCUUUUCGGAACUUGGAAUCUAUGAUCGAUGCAGAUCUGGUCCUGCUGGCAAAAUCCAUUCAUGGCGCCUUAGUGCCAAAAGCCACUUAUCAUGGUCAAAUGAGUGGUGCAAGCCCGCCUCUUCAUAUCUACACGAUGCCCUGUCUACCGGGAAUUUCCUGUCUAGAGACACUCAGCGACGAAACUGUACUCAACCCAGAAGAUGAGUUUAGGCAUACAUGUUAUGUCAAGCAUCUAGCCAGCUACUUUGCCCGAUGCUGGUCAAACCCACAGCCAGUUGACCCCCAGGUGCAAGGAAACUACAAGGAAGGAAUUCAACUCCGUCUCAAAAAAUUCAGGGAAUCACCACCACCCGGGGCACUUCCGUACACAAAAAUCCCCGAGUUGGAAAGCAACCUCUCAGUUCUCUUCGGGCAAGCAUACCCUCAAGUCUUCACGCAUGGCGAUCUCUCCCAUACAAACAUUCUUGUUGAUAAAAAGACGCUAGAGAUCACAGGUAUCGUCGACUGGUCCCUGGCCAGACUACUGCCAUUUGGUAUGGAGCUCGAGUCCCUUGUAUCGACGACAGGGUGUAUGACUCUCAACGGCUGGCAAAGCUACACAUGUCGACAGCAGCUUCUUGAUGCGUUUUGGGAAGAAUUCUGGAUUCAGUGCCGGAUUAAUGAUAACUUACGCCAGCAGGAGAUUCGCGAUAUGGCAAUGCAAGCUGCCAAAAUCGGUGCGGUGUUGCAUCAUGCAUUUGAACGUAAUGAGGAUGGCUCGCCGUCCGAGAGGCUUACUACUUCGGAAUGGGCAUUGAAAAUACUGCAAGUCGCGUGCAUGGAUUAUUGA